AUGACGUCCUUACUCAGCUCGCACCUCGAGCAAAUCAGCCUGUGCAGCCAGUCCAUCGCCGACUUGUCCUUUCCCGGCCCGAAAGCUUUCACCAACGCCCUCCUCUCCCCCCACCACGACAUCACCGCUCUCAUCCGCGACACCGAACCACACGAGCGAGCCCUUUUCCAACUCGCUCCACCUGCCCUGCCCACCAGAGCCGCUGACUUCACUUCGUCCGUGAUAAGCGGAGCAUCCACACGACGCGCAACAGCACACCUCGCCAGGCAUCAACCACGCAGUCGAGCCGUAGCUGCGGUUCUGGGUGGCGAGCUCUACCAGAAGACGCGCCGGGUGGGUGCGGAGGGCGAUGCUACAUUGCAGCAGAAAGGUGAGCUAGACGUCGAGCUGCUUCUGGAAGGCGCAGCGAAGCUGGCUGCCGUCUACCCCAUCGCUGGCGCAACAGAGCGCAUAUCGGUCUUACGGCAACGGCAUCAGCAGCUCGCCGCGAGUAUCGCACACUACCAGGACCGCGUGACACGGAAUGCGCAGGAACUUCAGCUCAUGACUCGUCCGGGCAGUCGGGGUGGGUAUGCAGCCGAAGGGGAUGCGGGAGAUCAAGACGUAGAGGGUGAGUUCGCGACGGAAAAGGUGGAUAUUGCGACAAAGUUGGAUCUGGAGCGGGAGGAGGAAGAGGUGCGGGAGUUGGAGCGGAAGAAGAAGGCGCUCGAGGAUAGGGUGACUGGGAUGGAGCGGGAUUUGGGCGGACUGAUAAGGUGA